UUGGAGCAAUAUAAAAGGCAACAAACAUCAAGAGAAUUCUACUGAAUGAUAAGUGUUAUCAGCUAGCCAACUGGCCUGUAUCUUCGUCAAUCAUGAAACCGACGAUGCAUUGAUAACCAACCGGUUGGGCUCUGAACCCCACAUUCAGUUCUGCAUAUCGGAGCCACACUACAUGUAAGAAAGACUAAUUCCUGUUUCUGCAAGAUCGGCAUCACUGAAAAUGAUGACAAUUACCAAUCCAGUGAUUCCCUAUGUUACAGGCUUACCUGGUGGCUGUUUGCAGGUAGGGAGCAUGAUCAUUGUCCAUGGUCAGCCAACUUUUAAUUGUAACAGGUUUUGUGUAAGCUUAGUCUGUGGGCCGCAGCCGGAACUUGGUGAUAUCGCAUUCCAGUUGACUGCGCAUUUUGACACAAAUUGGGUCAUCCGCAAUAGCAAAAUAAAUAAGGAGUGGGGUGUCGAAGAGGGGACGGCAACACGCAAAUUCCCCUUCCAACGCCUUCAACCUUUCCAGCUUGAGAUUUUCACUAGUUCGUCCUGUUAUGUGGUUGCCAUUGAUGGAAAUCAUUAUUGUGAAUACGCCCAUCGUGUUUCCUAUUCCCAAGCUAACACUCUUCAAAUCACUGGAGAUGUCCAAGUCAGCACGGUUGAAUUUAGAUCAACAAACACUUACCCAACAUUUCCAUCAGGCAAUCGCCUUAACGUAGCCAAUCCGCCGAUCCCUUUUGCUUCGUCGAUCAACGGACCUCUGUCAGUGGGAAACGAAAUUCAAAUUCAUGGACAAGUGAAGCCACAUCCUAAUAGGUUCCACAUAAACUUGCAGCAAGGGUGUCAGAGUCCUCCUUCGCCAACCAUCGUUUUCCAUUUCAAUCCCAGAUACGAAGGCGGAAAUCGCGUUAUCGUCAUGAAUUCCUUAUUAGGCGGCCAAUGGGGAUCCGAGCAGCGCAUUGCGAGCGGAAGACUUCUCGCGCCUGGAACCACAUUUGUGCUGAUCAUUAGACGUCAAGCCUACAAUUUUGAAAUCCUGAUCAAUGCAACUACCAUCGCCCAUUACGCCCACCGCAUCGGAGCCGACAUUGUAGAUUCGGUUACCAUCGAUGGGGAUGUGAUCGUCGGUAAAGUCGUCGCGAUUUAGAAAACCUAAUCAAAGCAGUUUAUGCACAUUCCAAAUAUGUAAAACCUUUGCCAAAAUUGCUGCUGAUAGUUUACCCUUUAGUUGUCUGGAGCUGUAAGCAAUUGGUGCGAACCCAACCUCUAGAAUCACCAUACCGUGUGAUUUUAUAACUUGGUCCAUUAGUAAAGUACCUAUUUUUCCUGUUAAUUAGAGACACAAAAGGUACAACAAACUUGUUAGAUUAUCGGCUAUUUUCCAAUAUCAAUAAAAAAUAUAUGUUUGUGUAGCACAUGCCAAUAUGUGCCAUGCCAGUA